UUAACUUUAUAAAAAAUCUAAAUUCUUUGUAAAAUGCCGAGUGCGCGACGACGUCGAUUUAAUGUACAAAAUGGUAUAAUAGUAAAUCGACCAAAACCAAAGUCUCAAAAUGAAACACAAAUCAGUUACCUAGAUCCUGAACUAGGUGAAAAUAACUAUUCACAGAAUAUGCUAGGAGUCAAGAAUACAAAAUCUAAAAAUAAAAUGUGCCCUAAUACUUCUAAAAGAUCAUCUACGAUAGAAAUUGAAUGCAAAAAAACUAUAUCAACGGGGACAAUAUUAGAAGUUAAUGUAAAUCGACUGGAUAAAGAAGUAACUGCGAGUUCUAGCAACAUUGAUUUGUUAACGACGCCAAAUCUAAAUGAUUUGCUAACUGUUAAUUGCUCAAGGGAAAAUGUAGGUGACGAUAACCAAAUCUUUAGACACUCUAUAGAAAACAAAGACAUAGGACACAAUAAUAUCAAGCAUGAAAGAAUUUCUCGACGUGAUCGAUAUGUUCACCGAGUUAAAGUAAGAAGUCCAAAACGCAAACCAGUAAUAGACAAAACUAUUUUUAAGAAAAGAAAUGUAGCUAUAGAUGCAGUCGAAUGGGGAGACGACAUGACAGACAACAUUGAAGUAGAGGUGCAGAUUUUUAAGCAUGCGGCAGAUGUAGCGGAGAAUACAGAAGCGGAGGAGAUAAUAAGCAGCCAUUCUAUUGAAGAUAUGUGCCGUAUCUGCCACAGCGGGGAAGCAGUAUCAACGGAAUUGGGUCGGUUGAUAUCAGCUUGUUCCUGCAGGGGUACUGUUGGAAGAGUCCAUGUCAAAUGUUUGGAGAGGUGGUUGACAGAAUCCGGGAAGUCCAGAUGCGAAUUAUGUGGGACUAAGUAUGUCACUAAACGUGUACAUAAAUUCGGUGUUCUAAAGGCACUCGCCAUGUGGAUUCUUAGCAAUAACUCUAAGCAUAUGAUAGUAGACUUCUUCGGUAUAAUGAUAAUGACGCCGAUCGCGGUCGUCGCCGCGGGACUUUCUGGGAGGACAUUCGCAGGGCUCAUGGAGCAGAAUCAGUUGACACCGUGGCCCUUAGCUUCCACGUUUGUGCUAGCUUGCAUGACACUGGUGUGCUACUACUGCUGGGUAGUAUCCGCUCUGACUCGUCACGCGCUAGGCUGGUGGAUUUGGUACAGGUCCCAUUACGAAGUGAGGCUUCAGUUGCAGGAGGAUGGCGAACACUCACAGACUACACUCACAUAUAGUAGUUUAUACUAAUGAAAAUAUAAUUCUUAAGCGCAAUUAGAGACUCCAAAGACGUUUCGCAUUUCAAGUCAGUACUAGUCU